AUGAACAUGGCACAGUCUCGUCGCGAUAUCGAGUUCCGCACACUCGACGGAACCUUGCUCAAAGGAUGGUUCUACCCCGCCGCAGCAGCGGCAGAGAACCCGGAGCAAAAGUCUCCCUGCAUCAUCAUGAGCCACAGCCUAUCCAGCCUCAAAGAACAAUUCCUCCCCGCCUUCGCAUCCCGCUUCUCCGCCCACGGCUACGCCGUCCUCAUCUACGACAACCGCAACUGGGGCAGCAGCGGCGGGUACCCGCGCAACGAGGCCGACCCCUGGAAGCAGGCGCACGACUACUCGGACGCCUUCGACUACGCCGCCUCCACGCAGCUCCCCGGCGUCGACGCGCGCCGCAUCGUCUUCUGGGGCUCCAGCCUCUCCGGCGGCACUGCCAUCGUGGCCGCGGCGAUGGACAGGCGCGUCAGGGCGGUUAUCGUGCAGGUGCCGUUCAUGUCGGGCGAGGGCACAGCGGCAGCGAUGGCGCCGCUGCUGCCGGCGGUGUAUGCGGAUCGGCAGGCGAAUAAGGAUGGGGCAGUGGGCGCCAUGGUGCCUGCUAUUGCUGCGUCGCCGGAGGAGGAACGACGGGGCGAUUCGAGAGCGAUAUUGCACGGGCCGGGAGUUGCUGAGUUCUUGGAGACGAUGCGGGCCGACGGCGUUGGCUGGGAGACGAAGAUGACGAUGCAGAGCGUGCAGAACUUGUUUAUGUUCGAGCCGCAGGCGUUUAUACAUCGCGUGGCUCCGACGCCGUUGCUGAUGGUCCUGGCCGAUAGCGAUACGAUGGUGCCGACGGUUUUGCAACUUAAGGCGUAUGCUGCUGCGUAUGAGCCGAAGACGAUUGCGGUGCUUGCCGAUUGCACGCACUUUGAUCUUUAUUACGGCGAGAAGUUUGAAGAGAAUGUCGCUGCCCAGCUUGGUUUCCUUCGGCGCGUCUUUUACGGGGGAGACUCCUGA